CGUGCCGAGGUUCAAAGAGGAAGGAAGAUGGCGGAUAACAAAGGCGAGGAAGAUAUGGAAGCCGCUGCUAAUUCGGAUUCAGUGCCUUCAGCUCAAGAAAACCAGCACUCAGAGACUAAAGACGAGGCUGCGGUAAUAGUUAUAGAAGCGAAUACUAAGGACAGUGAAGAAGCUGAGUCUAGUGAUAAUGCUAACGAGGCGCCAAUACCCACUAGCGACAGAGGGGACGUUAGCAACGGCGGGGCUGCGGGAGGGGAAGCUAGUAACGCCGCCGUUAGUCCGGCGGCUGCCAGCAGCUCCAACGCCGCCGUUAGUCCAGCAGCUGCCAGCAGCUCCAAUGCUGCGGUUAGUCCAGCGACUACUAACAGUUCAAGCGCGGAGACAGCGGCGGAAGUCCCAUCCGUCGGAGAACCUUCUAUUGGCGGACUCAAUAGUGAAAUGUCUCCCCCUCCUACGGUUCCGGCGGCUACGCCGGUUCCCGCUCCCAUCAACUUACUGGAUACGUGCGCAGUGUGUAAACAAAGUCUUCAGAGCCGAGACUGUGAACCCAAACUUCUGCCUUGUUUGCACUCUUUUUGCCUCAAAUGUCUCCCGCAGCCAGACAGACAGAUUAGUCUACAGGUGUCUGGAGCUCAUGGACAAACUGACACGCACAUCGUAAAUGUCAUGCGCUGUUCAGUGUGCCACCAGGACUUCAAGCAGACUGACAUUAUUGACAACUACUUUGUGAAAGAUACCACAGAAGCUACCAACACCUCUGAUGAAAAGGCUGCACAGGUAUGUACAAGUUGUGAAGACAAUGCAGGAACCAUAGGUUUUUGUGUGGAAUGUGGAGAAUGGCUGUGUAAAACCUGUGUGGAGGCUCACCAGAGGGUCAAAAUUACCAAGGACCACAAGAUUCGAACAAAAGAAGAUGCUGAUGCUGCCUCAGAGUCAGUUAGUAUGUCAGGACAGAGGCCAGUGUUCUGUCCCAUCCAUAAACAGGAACCACUGAAGCUUUUUUGUGAGACCUGUGACACAUUGACCUGUAGAGACUGCCAAUUACUGGAGCACAAGGAGCACAGGUAUCAGUUCUUGGAAGAAGCUUUUCAGAACCAGAAAGGUGUAAUUGAGACAACCAUAGCCAAACUACAGGAAAAGAAAAGCUAUGUCCAUUACUCCCUCUCUCAGGUGCAAAGCAGGUUAAAAGAACUGAAUGAAACACACAGGAAGGUGGAGCACGAGAUCAAAAUUGCAGUAUUUACACUCAUAAAUGAGAUCAACAAGAAGGGCAAGUCUCUACUGCAACAGUUGGAGAGUGUUACCAAAGAGCGCAGUAUGAGGCUUGUAGCGCAGCAUAAGGAUACCACCCAGUUGGCUCAACAGAUCCACCAUGUGCUGAACUUCUGCCACUGGGCCAUUACAACGGGUAGCAGCACAGCACUGCUUUACAGCAAGAGGCUGAUCCUAUUUCAACUGCGACAACUCUUCAAGGCGAGACUGGAACCUGCACCACAAGCCAAUGGAGUUGUGCGCUUUUUUUGUGAUCCCACAUUCUGGGCCAAAAAUGUGGUAAAUCUGGGUAAUUUGGUUAUUGAAAAGCCGCCGCCUCCUCCACCACCACCCAAUGUGAUGGUUGGGGGACCACCUAUCUCACCAGGCCAAGGUCUUACAGGCAAACAUCCUGGACAGAUCAACCUUGCCCAGCUUCGCCUGCAACACAUGCAGCAGGCAGCCUAUGCACAGCAGAAGCAGCAGCAGCAACAACAGCAACAGCACCAGCAACAGAUCCAGCAGCAGAUGCGCAUUGCCUCCCAAAUGACACAGACACACCCAAGACAGGCGGGACCACCAAUGGUCCAGCAGCAGCCGCCAAGGCUCAUCAGUAUGCAGCAGCUCCCCAGAGCACAUGGGGGUAUGAAUGGUGGGCCAGGUCCCCCCAUGUACCCGUCCUCACACCACAUGCGUUUACCAGGUCCACCACAGAAUAGAAUGGCCACGGCCCAACCCCGACACAAUGGACAGCAAUAUCCCUCCAUGAUGCAGCCUCAGCUACAGAGGCAGAUGUCUAUAGAAUCUGAGAUGAGCCACCAAAGGUUUCGUUUCUUACUGCAAUCAGGGCAGCAUUCCAACCCAGGACAUGCAGGACCUUUCCCGGUGGCAUCGCUCCAUAAUGCCAACCCCACAAGUCCUACCAGUGCCAGCAUGGCUGGUGCACAUGCUCACCGAGGUCCUACCAGCCCAGUUAUUGGUCCUAUUGAGCUUAUCCCCUCCGUCACCAAUCCUGAAAACCUGCCCUGCCUACCUGAGAUCCCACCUAUUCAGCUGGAGGAUGCAGGAUCCAGCAGCCUUGGACACCUCUUGUCUCGCUACAUUUCAGCCAGCACCCAGCAUCAGCUUGGCCCUAUGGACAUGAACCCCUCACCUGGACUGUCUACUCACUCUCCGGGGUCUUCAGCAGGUGUAUCUAAUGCCCAUACGCCAGCACGACCUUCUAGCACUUCCAGCACGGGCAGCAGAGGCAGCUGUAGCUCUGCAGGAAGGGCAGGACAUGGUGGUGGAGCUUCAGCGGACCACGUGAGGGUGAAACAGGAACCCGGAGCUGAUGACAACUAUAGCUGCCCAGCAUCUUCACUGAAGACAGAGCAAGGCAAAGAUGCAGGGAGGAGUGCCUGCAUGAUGGGUAGUCCUGAGAACAGCCCACAUCCUGUAUUGGGAAUCGUAUCCAGAGGCCAGGAUGCUCUGAAGUCUCUCGGGGAACGCAUCAAGACUGAGCCUCAGUCUGAGACACCUUGUUCUGGGUUAAAUGGCUCCAGGUCUGCCACCAUGUCCUCUUCUUCCUCUACCUCGUUCCCAGGAACUUGCAGCACUACAGGGGCUCCUCUCACUAACGGUAACAUGGACAAAAGGGUGGGGUCCAGUGAGGGUGGUACUUUAGCUGGAAAUGCCAAUCCUGGUGAGAAGGAGGACGAUCCCAAUGAAGACUGGUGUGCAGUGUGCAUCAAUGGAGGUGAUCUGCUGUGCUGUGAUCGAUGUCCCAAAGUGUUCCACAUGAAAUGCCAUGUACCCACCAUCAAAAUCUUCCCCAAGGGUGACUUUCUGUGCACAUUUUGCCGAAGUCUAACCAGCCCUGAGAUAGUGUAUUGUGAGGAAAUUCGGAGUGCUAAGGGUGAGCGAGGUCUAAGUCCUGAGGACCAAAGGAGAUGUGAGCGCCUCCUCCUGUACAUCUUCUGUCAUGAGCUCAGUGUGGGCUUCAGGGAGCCUGUUCCUAGUUCUGUGCCCGACUACUACAAGAUUAUCAAGCAUCCCAUGGACUUGAAGAAGGUGAAGAAAAAACUGCAGGUGCGAAGCUCCCAGUUCUACCAGACAACGCAGGAGUUUGUUUCCGAUAUGCGCCUGAUUUUCAAAAACUGUGCAGAGUACAAUGAGAUGUCUCGAAUAAUCCAGGUUUAUGAUGAGGACAAACAGAUUAAUACACAGGUGGGAUCAGAGAUGGCGGUAUCUGGCAAAGCAGUGAGCCUGUACUUUGAAGAGAAACUGCAGGAGAUAUUCCCGGGACAGAGCUUCCAAGAAACAACUGAACCUGAGUCCCUGGAGACACAAGAGAGGGAUCGGGAUGAAGCCACGGAUGACUCGGACGAGGACUUCAUACAACCCAGACGCAAACGAUUAAAAAUGGAUGAGAAAGUCGUUCACAUCAAGUGAAAACAGACCAUAAAAGAAAAGAAAAAUGAAAAACUGUCUUCCUCACUUUUGUGUGUCUGUUUAAUUUCAGGCAACAAAUGAAAUGGACUAAACCUUGAACAAUUUACUGUUCACUACAUUUAAAAAAAAGAAAGAAAAAAAAUCUGCCUUGGCCAGAAGUUUCGAGGACGGAAGAGCUGUGUCCCCCGGUUUAUGGACACUCAAAGCUUGUACUGAGUUGAAAGUAUGAUUUAUUUUGCAGUAGUUGAUACUUGUUCAUGUUUUCUUUUUUGUUAUCUUUUGUCCUCUGUAGGUUUGUGACAGCUGAUUUAUAAAGCAUUCAAAUUUCCUCUCUCCGGUUCUUAAUGUAUUAUAUCAAUACUUUGACAUGAAACUUACCAAGUAUUUGUAUGACUUUGUGGAAGCGUUAUGUAAAUAAGAGAAUCUAGCAUUGAAGGUAUUCCUAUAGGUGUUUGAGUGCAUCAUCAAUAAAAGCUGUUCUU